AUGCCCCCUUUGUGUCUCCCAUUGGUGCUUGUCACAACUUUUUGGUAUAACCACACCCCCUGGAUUUGUAUCACGACUGUCGUCAUAUUAGCACACAUGUCGGCGGUCGUUGGGCCGACGCUGCACGGCAGACGGCAGCACGCCAGCAACUUGGCCGCCCCCAACAAAGAAUCCAAGGCUAUGAGGGGAAAAAAGGGAAGCGACUCACUCAAAAAACGCAGUCACGCCGCACCGGGCGGCCGAAGCGAGGAAAGGACCCCCUUUGGUAGGCUGCAGAAACAUGUGGUUUUUGACGCGAGGAUACAUGCCACGCUCGCUGUUGCCGCUACCGACAUCGCUCUCAUCUGGUCCGCCGUCGCCGCCGCCGUCGCCGGCCGUCAUCCACCGCCCAUCCACUUACACGACGCUUCCCCGGCACCUCCGCCUCCACCUCCGCCUACCCUCCACGAGACCGCCGCCAUGGUCGCCGACGCGCCUCUGCUAGUGAUUAGCUGCGGCCCGGACCCCAGCCGCUACCUCAUCAACGAGAAGUGGGCGUCGCUGACGCGGGCGCUCGGCGCGCGCAUCGACGUCGUCUGGGCCACGUCGGCCGCUGAGGUGGCCGAGCGGCUGGCCUACUACGUGCCCGCGGGCAUCCUGGUACUCGACGCCGGCUUCACGGCUAACGACAGAGACUGCGACACUGUACUCGGCCUGCUCAACAUGUACGCGCACAUGGGUGGCACCGUCGUCUUUGCCGGCGUCUUCCCGGCCGUCGUUGAGGCGCCCGCGCUGCGCCGUGUUUUUGCCGAGUUUGGCCUCAACUGGCGCUUCGUCGGCUACGAACUGCACGCCGGCGCCCGCCUGCACCCCUGGGCCGGCGUUAUUGUCAGCGGCCACCUUCGUGAGCAGCUCGUCGCCAUGCCCAGCGUCUGCGAGCUAAGCCAGCUCACGGUGCGUGUACAAAACACCGACGAUGUCUUGUACGAGAUUUAUCCGCAGAGCACGCCGCGCACGCACAUUGAGUCGGCCGUCGUCAUGGCGCCUGUCGGGGACGGCCAUGUGGCGCUGGUGGGGGACAGGGAGAAUGAGGAGACGACAAGGGCGACGAUCCUCGCCAUGUUUAAGCUCGUGCCGUGA